UUGUUUACUCCAGCUUUAAUCAGUGCCCCACUUAGCUCCUUUGAACAGCCAACUAUCAGAGAAGUUCAUGUUGUCAUAACAACUCGGCCACUUGCCCAUGUUGUCCAUCCGUCUCACGCUCUCGCCAAUCUGAGCGUCGUCAACCUCGAAGAGCCCUGGAACCCUGUCAGCGGUAGGAGUUCUGGUGAUUCUGGGGAUGGGAAGGCCUUCACUGUGUCGCUGCUCCGGUCUUUUGACAGGCCGCAGCAGUCCUCAGGUGAAUUUGAGUCUUCCAAAUCUUCUGUAUCGUCAACACGCUUGCUCCUUACUCUUCUUCCAGCACUCUCUGCGCGUGUCAGUUGUUUCGCCCAUUUUUUAUGCAAGUCAAUUUCACAGUUUGAUAAGGAUAAUGCAUAUCUUAACAUGCCCAAACGACAUGGACGCUCUGAGAGCCGUGUUUUUCUUCUUGCCGUCCGGACUCAGAUCGGCGGCCCGCCAAGUUCUAGAAGCCGCUGUCGCGGAAUAGACCUUCCCUCGGUGGUCGGAGGCAAAUUCCUCCACUCCGGCUGCAAUUCACACUCAAAGUGGCCAAAGUACCGAGGCGUUCGGCUGCCAGAUCUGGCGCAGUGA